GUUUGGAGGAGAUGGGUGAGGCCCAGAUCCCUGAGGAUGUCCUGCCUCUCCCGUGGUUUCAUGGAUUCACCUCCAGACGGGAGGCGGAGAUGGUGUUGAAAGACACUCCACUCGGAUCAUUUCUACUGCGUCAGAGCGAGAGUCAGUCAGGAAUAGUCCUCUCCUACAGUGGGACAGAUCGAUGUCGACACUUCAUCAUCGAGCAGAUCACUGACGGUUACUACCAGAUCCUGGGAGAUCAGCGCCAGCACAGCAGCAUCCCAGAACUCCUCAACUAUUACAAGAAGUUCCCUAUCUUACCGUUUAUGGAAUACCUGACUACGGCCUGUCAUAAGUUUCCUGAUAAACAUUACGAGGAUAUCGACAGGAUCCGGAGACGGAAGGCGAAUAUCCGGGAGCUGGCAGGAGGAGCUGCUGCCCCUCUCCCUCCCAACAGGACGGAAGAUCGACCGGGAUCACCCUCAUUACCGGGAGCACCGACCUCUGACCCUGCGCCCACACACACUGCCCGUCCCUGGGCAGUGGAAGGGGGUACUGGGGUCACACUGGGUGAUGCUAACUAUCAGGAGUUUCCUGAUAAACAUUACGAGGAUAUCGACAAGAUCCGGAGAUGGAAGGUGAAUAUCCGGGAGAUGGCAGGAGGAGCUGCUGCCCUUCUCCCUCCUAACAGGCCGGAGGAUCGACCGGGAUCACCCUCAUUACCGGGGGCACCUACCUCUGACCCUGCGUCCACACACACUGCCCGUCCCCGGGCAGUGGAAGGGGGUCUGGGGGUCACACUGGGCGAUGCUAACUACCAGGAGUUUCCUGAUAAACAUUACGAGGAUAUCGACAAGAUCCGGAGACGGAAGGUGAAUAUCCGGGAGAUGGCAGGAGGAGCUGCUGCCCCUCUCCCUCCCAACAGGACGGAGGAUCGACCUGGAUCACCCUCAUUACCGGGGGCACCGACCUCUGACCCAGCGUCCACACACACUGCCCGUCCCCGGGCAGUGGAAGGGGGUCUGGGGGUCACACUGGGAGAUGCUAACUACCAAGAGUUUCCUGAUAAACAUUACGAGGAUAUCGACAAGAUCCGGAGACGGAAGGUGAAUAUCCGGGAGAUGGCAGGAGGAGCUGCUGCCCCUCUCCCUCCCAACAGGACGGAGGAUCGACCGGGAUCACCCUCAUUACCGGGGGCACCGACCUCUGACCCAGCGUCCACACACGCUGCCCGUCCCCGGGCAGUGGAAGGGGGUCUGGGGGUCACACUGGGCGAUGCUAACUACCAAGAGUUUCCUGAUAAACAUUACGAGGAUAUCGACAGGAUCCGGAGACGGAAGGUGAAUAUCCGGGAGAUGGCAGGAGGAGCUGCUGCCCCUCUCCCUCCCAACAGGACGGAGGAUCGACCGGGAUCACCCUCAUUACCGGGGGCACCGACCUCUUACCCUGCGUCCACACACACUGCCCGUCCCCGGGCAGUGGAAGGGGGUCUGGGAGUCACACUGGGCGAUGCUAACUAUCAGGAGUUUCCUGAUAAACAUUAUGAGGAUAUCGACAAGAUCCGGAGACGGAAAUUGAAUAUCCGGGAGAUGGCAGGAGGAGCUGCUGCCCCUCUCCCUCCCAACAGGACGGAGGAUCGACCGGGAUCACCCUCAUUACCGGGGGCACCGACCUCUGACCCUGCGUCCACACACACUGCCCGGCCCUGGGCAGUGGAAGGGGGUCUGGGGGUCACACUGGGCGAUGCCAACUACCAAGAGUUUCCUGAUAAACAUUAUGAGGAUAUCGACAAGAUCCGGAGACGGAAGGUGAAUAUCCGGGAGAUGGCAGGAGGAGCUGCUGCCCCUCUCCCUCCCAACAGGCCAGAGGAUCGACCGGGAUCACCCUCAUUACCGGGGGCACCGACCUCUGACCCAGCGUCCGCACACACUGCCCGUCCCCGGGCAGUGGAAGGGGGUCUGGGGGUCACACUGGGCGAUGCUAACUACCAAGAGUUUCCUGAUAAACAUUACGAGGAUAUCGACAAGAUCCGGAGACGGAAGGUGAAUAUCCGGGAGAUGGCAGGAGGAGCUGCUGCCCCUCUCCCUCCUAACAGGCCAGAGGAUCGACCGGGAUCACCCUCAUUACCGGGGGCACCGACCUCUGACCCAGCGUCCACACACACUGCCCGUCCCCGGGCAGUGGAAGGGGGUCUGGGGGUCACACUGGGCGAUGCUAACUACCAAGAGUUUCCUGAUAAACAUUAUGAGGAUAUCGACAGGAUCCGGAGACGGAAGGUGAAUAUCCGGGAGAUGGCAGGAGGAGCUGCUGCCCCUCUCCCUCCCAACAGGACGGAGGAUCGACCGGGAUCACCCUCAUUACCGGGGGCACCGACCUCUUACCCUGCGUCCACACACACUGCCCGUCCCCGGGCAGUGGAAGGGGGUCUGGGAGUCACACUGGGCGAUGCUAACUAUCAGGAGUUUCCUGAUAAACAUUAUGAGGAUAUCGACAAGAUCCGGAGACGGAAAUUGAAUAUCCGGGAGAUGGCAGGAGGAGCUGCUGCCCCUCUCCCUCCCAACAGGACGGAGGAUCGACCGGGAUCACCCUCAUUACCGGGGGCACCGACCUCUGACCCUGCAUCCACACACACUGCCCGGCCCUGGGCAGUGGAAGGGGGUCUGGGGGUCACGCUGGGCGAUGCCAACUACCAAGAGUUUCCUGAUAAACAUUAUGAGGAUAUCGACAGGAUCCGGAGACGGAAGGUGAAUAUCCGGGAGAUGGCAGGAGGAGCUGCUGCCCCUCUCCCUCCCAACAGGACGGAGGAUCGACCGGGAUCACCCUCAUUACCGGGGGCACCGACCUCUUACCCUGCGUCCACACACACUGCCCGUCCCCGGGCAGUGGAAGGGGGUCUGGGAGUCACACUGGGCGAUGCUAACUAUCAGGAGUUUCCUGAUAAACAUUAUGAGGAUAUCGACAAGAUCCGGAGAUGGAAAUUGAAUAUCCGGGAGAUGGCAGGAGGAGCUGCUGCCCCUCUCCCUCCCAACAGGACGGAGGAUCGACCGGGAUCACCCUCAUUACCGGGGGCACCGACCUCUGACCCUGCGUCCACACACACUGCCCGGCCCUGGGCAGUGGAAGGGGGUCUGGGGGUCACGCUGGGCGAUGCCAACUACCAAGAGUUUCCUGAUAAACAUUACGAGGAUAUCGACAAGAUCCGGAGACGGAAGGUGAAUAUCCGGGAGAUGGCAGGAGGAGCUGCUGCCCCUCUCCCUCCUAACAGGCCAGAGGAUCGACCGGGAUCACCCUCAUUACCGGGGGCACCGACCUCUGACCCAGCGUCCACACACACUGCCCGUCCCCGGGCAGUGGAAGGGGGUCUGGGGGUCACACUGGGCGAUGCUAACUACCAAGAGUUUCCUGAUAAACAUUACGAGGAUAUCGACAAGAUCCGGAGACGGAAGGUGAAUAUCCGGGAGAUGGCAGGAGGAGCUGCUGCCCCUCUCCCUCCUAACAGGCCAGAGGAUCGACCGGGAUCACCCUCAUUACCGGGGGCACCGACCUCUGACCCAGCGUCCACACACACUGCCCGUCCCCGGGCAGUGGAAGGGGGUCUGGGGGUCACACUGGGCGAUGCUAACUACCAAGAGUUUCCUGAUAAACAUUAUGAGGAUAUCGACAGGAUCCGGAGACGGAAGGUGAAUAUCCGGGAGAUGGCAGGAGGAGCUGCUGCCCCUCUCCCUCCCAACAGGACGGUGGAUCGACCGGGAUCACCCUCAUUACCGGGGGCACCGACCUCUUACCCUGCGUCCACACACACUGCCCGUCCCCGGGCAGUGGAAGGGGGUCUGGGAGUCACACUGGGCGAUGCUAACUAUCAGGAGUUUCCUGAUAAACAUUAUGAGGAUAUCGACAAGAUCCGGAGACGGAAAUUGAAUAUCCGGGAGAUGGCAGGAGGAGCUGCUGCCCCUCUCCCUCCCAACAGGACGGAGGAUCGACCGGGAUCACCCUCAUUACCGGGGGCACCGACCUCUGACCCUGCGUCCACACACACUGCCCGGCCCUGGGCAGUGGAAGGGGGUCUGGAGGUCACACUGGGCGAUGCCAACUACCAGGAGUUUCCUGAUAAACAUUAUGAGGAUAUCGACAAGAUCCGGAGACGGAAAUUGAAUAUCCGGGAGAUGGCAGGAGGAGCUGCUGCCCCUCUCCCUCCCAACAGGACGGAGGAUCGACCGGGAUCACCCUCAUUACCGGGGGCACCGACCUCUGACCCUGCGUCCACACACACUGCCCGGCCCUGGGCAGUGGAAGGGGGUCUGGGGGUCACACUGGGCGAUGCCAACUACCAGGAGUUUCCUGAUAAACAUUAUGAGGAUAUCGACAAGAUCCGGAGACGGAAGGUGAAUUUCCGGGAGAUGGCAGGAGGAGCUGCUGCCCCUCUCCCUCCCAACAGGACGGAGGAUCGACCGGGAUCACCCUCAUUACCGGGGGCACCGACCUCUGACCCUGCGUCCACACACACUGCCGGUCCCCGAGCAGUGGAAGGGGGUCUGGGGGUCACACUGGGUGAUGCUAACUACCAGGAGUUUCCUGAUAAACAUUACGAGGAUAUCGACAGGAUCCGGAGACGGAAGGUGAAUAUCCGGGAGAUGGCAGGAGGAGCUGCUGCCCCUCUCCCUCCCAACAGGAUGGAGGAUCGACCGGGAUCACCCUCAUCACCAGGAGCACCGACCUCUGACCCCGCGCCCACACACACUGCCCGUCCCUGGGCAGUGGAAGGGGGUCUGGGGGUAACACUGGGUGAUGCUAACUAUCAGGAGAUACCAGAAGGCCAGGGCCUAGUCCGAGAGGCUUCGGGUCAGAACCGCGGCCCCACGGAGGUGGAAGCCGGCCUCGCCUUUAGCCAGGUGACCGCGGCCUACGCGAGGGUCAUCAAGGCUCGGAGUCACGUCUACACGGAGCCUGUGGAUAGGCCUCGUGUCGCCAUGGAGAUGGCACACGCCUACGCGGAGGCCCACCUCUACACCACGCCUCAGGACCACCUGCCGAAGGCUGCUAGCCAUGAACGCCGCCAUGUCUACUCCGAGUUGGAUCCCAGGCCUGGCAACCUCUACUGUCCCUCCCCUACCAAGGGGCUAACCACCAAGGCUGCCCACGGCGACCUGGUGCCCACAGCCCCUCCCCGCUGGCACCUCCCAGCCCCCUUCAAGCCCAGCGCUCGGGCCACCCACGCCCACCGAAGUCUAGGCCUCCCCGCCCAGGACCACCUUGAACUGGACGACGACGCGUACGGAGUCUCAGCGAGAUGUCGGCCAAGUGGGCCCGAGCCAGAUCCCUGGCCUCUCCCUAGCGGCCCAGAGCCGGUCCCUUGCAGGCCAGAACGAGGGCCCCGGCCCACGCUGAGCAAACUGGAACCAGACCCGAGGCCUGUCCCCAGCAGGCCCAAUCGAGAUCUGAAGCCCAAGCUGAGCAGGUCGGAGCUAGAGCCGAGGCUUGUCCCGGACAGGCUUGAGCCAGACCUGAAGCCUACCUCAAGCAGGCCGGAGCCAGACCUGAUGUCUGUCCCAGGCGCGCCUGCACGACCUCCAAGACUUGUCCCCGGCCCCUCAGAGUCAAUAUCAAGACCUCUUCCAACUAGGCCAGAGCCAGGUCUGAGGCCUGUCCCACGACCAAGGCCUGUCCCACGGCCGAGGCCUGUCCCGACUAGGCCAGAUCCAGAUUGGAGGCCUCUCCCGACUAGGCCGGAACCGGAUUCAAGCCCUCUCUCUAGUAGGCCGGAGCCAGAUUGGAGGCCUCUCCCCAGUAGGCCGGAGCCGGAUUCAAGCCUUCUCCCGACUAGGCCGGAGCCAGAUUGGAGGCCUCUCCCCAGUAGGCCGGAACCGGAUUCAAGCCCUCUCCCAAGUAGGCCAGAUCCAGAUUUAAGGCCUCACUCCAGUAGGCCAGAACCAGCACCUCAACCUGUGCCCCAGGCUGAUGGCAUCUACGAGCAGCUUCCUGAAGAGUAUCUGAGACCACCGCCCUUUGCGCCGACUCGGUCUGGAUACAGGAGGAGAGAAAAAAGGGAAAAGAAAGAGAGCGAAAAGAAAGGAGAGCGAAAAGAAAGGAGAGCGAAAAAAGAGAGCGCGAAAAAAGAGAGCGCGAAAAAAGAGAGCGCGAAAAAAGAGAGCGCGAAAAAAGAGAGCGCGAAAAAAGAGAGCGCGAAAAAAGAGAGCGCGAAAAAGGAGAGAGAAAAGAGAGAAGAGAAGAAAGAGAGAGAAAAGAAAGAGAGAGUAAAGAGAGAGAGAGAGAAAAAGAGAGAAAAAAGAGAGAGAGUAAAAAGAAGAAAAAAGAGAGAAAAUAGAGAGAGAAAAGAGAAAAAAGAGGAAAAAAGAGAAAAAAGA